AUGUCGUCCGCAGUAGCGGAGCUGGACUCGAUCCUGCAGUCCAUGCUCAAUCUCAAGCCCCCAGGUGUCUCCGGUUCCAAGAUUAACGCCAUCACCACCCUCUGCACCGCCAACAUCCAAUCCGAAUCAGUCCUCAUUCAAAAGAUCUAUACACACUUCAAAAAAACACCUGGACCACACAAGUUGGGAGUACUCUAUGUUGUAGACUCUGUAACGCGACAAUGGGUAGAUCAAGCCAGAAAAACAGGUCAACAGCUCGGUAGUGGAGCCCCUGAUGGCACAUUUGCUGCUGGAGUAACUCGAGUGACUGAACUGCUUCCCGUCCUGAUGAACGACAUUACUGCAACAGCCCCUGAAGAUCAAAAGGUCAAAAUCAAAAAGCUUCUCGAGAUCUGGGAGCGAUCAAACACUUUCCCCGCCCCUUUGCUCGCUUCUAUCAAGGAGAAACUUGACGCACCUAAAGUUUCCACGACGCCAGAAGGCUCCCCAGUUCCUGGAUUUGUUCCCUUUGGCCAGCACCCUACCUCUAACCUCGUAACAGCAGCGCCAGCAGCAUCUUCUCAGCAAGACACUUCUGCUAUUCUGGAAGCCCUCAAGAACAUGGCGAAGCAGAAUGCUGCCCCACAGCAAAACCCAGCUGUACCCGCACAAUCUAGUUUGAAUAAUCUGUUAGGCUCGCACAAUGGAACCCUUCAGCCAAACAAUACCGUAAACCCAGGCCUUGCUCCUACUGCCAGCAACGCGCAGGGUGUAAAUCCACUUGGAGCAUUGUUCGCGGGCAUGAGUAAUGGUGCACAGAGUCAGAGUCCCGCAAAUGUUCCUCAGAACCCUCUUGCUGCUUUUCUUCCUCAGCCACAAGCUCCUGUUACGAUGGCGCAAAAUCCUGCUCCUGUAACUCAAGAUACUCAAGCUCAGUUGCAACUACUGCAGCUUUUAGCUGCACAAGGCAUUCCGCCUGAUCAAUGGGCUACCGCUCUCCAAUUGUUGAACAUGCAAGGUGCAAACAAUGGCGUAAAUGGAGUACCUUUUCCACUUCCUGUGCCAGCGGCCAACAAUUGGGCUGGGCAAGCCAGCGGGCCGUCACGUGAUGCACUCACCCGGUCUCCCCCGAGCCAAUACAGACGUCGGUCUCGAUCACCAGGAUAUGAUAGACGACGCGAUCUGUCUCCUAGACGCCGUCGAGAUAGUCCUGGAGCUGACCAGUAUCGUAAUGACCGCGACAGCCGACGAGGUAACGACUACCGUCAACGCAGCCCUGCUGGUAGAAGAGGACGAACGGCCACUCCACCUGGCGGUGACCAGAAGCUCCCACCACCAGGUCCCAAAAAUAUAACCAGAGAUCCCACUCUGCCCAAAGGCCACAUAAAAGUCUUCAGCCGGACAUUGUUUGUGGGCGGUGUCACGUCUUCUGAAUCUCAUCUUCGCGCUCUCUUCAGUCAAUAUGGAAUUGUCCAGACGUGCAUCGUCAACGUGGACAAACGACAUGCAUUUGUCAAGAUGGUCAAUCGUCGAGACGCAGAGAAGGCCCGCGAUGGCAUGGAAGAGUACAAGACCGGCGACACUCAACUUCGUACCAAAUGGGGCGUAGGCUUCGGGCCACGCGACUGCAGCGAUUAUCAAACGGGUGUUAGUAUCAUUCCGAUUGAACGCCUGACAGAUGCCGAUCGCAAGUGGCUACUCACCGCCGAAUACGGUGGUACUGGCGGGUUGCCCAUUGAGCAAUUCAUGGUCGUUGAAGAGCCCGACAUUGAGAUUGGUGCUGGAGUGUCUUCGAAGGCUAUGAGUCGACGGAUUGCAACAGACCAGGGCGGAAGACGUGGCCCACAAUCAUCACGACUUCCCGGAGGACGAGAUGAACGACAUCGAGACGAUGAUCGACGACACGACCGCAGCGACCGAUCGGGUGUAAAUAUGGGAUCGAUGCCUCCAUUUCCAAUGAACUUCAACAACCCUAAUGGCAUGCCAAUAUUUCCGCCAGGUUUCCAGUUCCCAUUCCAGCAACAGCAACAAGACUAG